GCGCAUACGUAUUGAAACGCAGGCUAUCCGUACGCUCCUCUUCCUCUUUCUCCUCCUCCUCUUCCUCCUUCUCCUCCUCUUCCUCCUUUCCGACCUCACAGUUUUAUUUUAUCUCCGGCGAAACGCAUUUCACCUCUCUGGAACGGAAUCGAAACACUUUGUACACUUUUUUGAGAUCUAGAUAAACUCCCCCUUCCACACUUUCCCCUCUGUCGGAGUUGCCCCUUUUCGCCACGGGGGACAGUCAGACACAUCUGCACGCAGCGAGGGAGGGAGAGAGGGAGAGAAGUAGGCGCCCCCCAAAGCAAACCAGACACUCGGCCAGAACUUCGUGAGCAGCAUGGAUUUAAAGUACAGCUCUGUGUGGAUUGUAAAGCCAAUCUGACUACGUGAUUGUGGAUUUCUCUAAAGUACGUGGGUGGGUUCUCCAAAACGACUUCAGGAGAGAACCAGACUACGUGACUACGGAAUGCGAAAACUAAACGCUCCGACAAUGGGCCUCGGCCACACCUGAGGGCCACUCGUGAAGGAUACACCUCAAGGGACACACCUGGCCCACAUCUGGGCUCUACACCUGAAUGAGAGACAUCUGGGGCCACAUGAAGUGUACACGUGAAGGAUAGACCUGGGCCACACCUGAAGGGAUACACCUGAGGAGAUACACCUGGGCCCCAAAAGUAGUGGACCAUCUUAAAACCAGAGUGGAUUCUACCUUAAAAAGCGGAGUGGAUUGUACUCUAAACAAAAAGUGGAGUAGCACUUAAAAAGCGGCGUGGAUUCUACCUGAAACAGCGGCGUGAAUUGCACUAUAAAAGUGAAAUCGAAUCUACCAAAAAGUUGAGUAGCGCUUCAAAAGCGGAGUGGAUACUACCUUAAAAAGUGGAGUGGAUGGUAACAUAAAAAAGUGGAGUGGAUUGUACCGUAAGCAUUCCAGUGGAUUGUGCCUUAAAAAGCAGAGUGGGUUCUACCCUAAAAAGCAGAGUGGAUUGUACCUUAAAAAGCGGAGUGGAUUGUACCUUAAAAAGCGGAGCCUGAUUGGGAGCCGAUUAAGAAAAGAGGAGUGGAUUGCACCGCCUGCAUAGUGAAACCAAAGUUGACCCGAUUGAUUGAGAGCAGGAGAGGACCUGAUUGAGAGCAGGAGAAGACCUGCUUGAGAGCGGUUUGCCAUGCCGUUCGGCCUGAAGCUGCGUCGUACUCGGCGCUACAAUGUGCUGAGCAAAAACUACUUUGUGACGCGCAUCAGACUGCUGGACAGCAGCACCAUUGAGUGCACACUGUCAGUGGAGAGCACAGGACAGGAGUGUCUAGAGGCCGUGGCACAGAGACUAGAGCUACGAGAGACCCAUUUCUUUGGCCUGUGGUUUUAUGGUAAGGCGGCACAGCACCACCACCACCACCACCAUCACCACCACCUUACUCCAGGCCACCAGGGGGCUCCACACCACCCCCAGCAGCAGCAGUCCCAUCAGCAACAGCAGCAGCAGCAGCAGCGCUGGGUGGAGCUGGAGAAACCCCUGAAGAAGCAGAUGGACAAGUUUGGCAGCGAGCCUCUACUGAUGUUUGGGGUGAUGUUCUACGUACCUAAUGUGGCACGCCUAGAGCAGGAGGCGACCAGGUAUCAGUAUUACCUGCAGGUGAAGAGAGAGGUGCUGGACGGCAGACUCCACUGCACUGUUGACCAGGGCAUACGACUGGCAGGACUCGCCGUACAAGCUGACUUUGGUGAUUAUAAUCAGUAUCCAUCACAGGACUUUCUCAGAGAGUAUGUACUGUUUCCUGUGAUUUGGCCGGUGGAUGGUGUUUGUGAGGAGUGGACCCAAAAAGUAGCAGAGGAGCACAAACGACACUGGCGUAUGCAGACAGCUGAGGCAGAGCUAUUGUAUAUCAAGGAGGUGGAGAAACUAGACGGCUUUGGACAGGAGAGCUUCAUGGCCAAGGAUAACUACACUAAUGACAUCAUCAUUGGCGUGUCGUUUAUCGGCCUGUUUGUCAAACACAGAAACGGAAGAUCUAUCAUGCUGCACAGGUGGAAGGACAUUGGCACCAUCGGCCACAACAAGGCUGCCAUCACCGUGGAGAUCACCAGCCGGGACGACACCAUCAUGUUUCACACCGAGGAUAUGGAGAUUGCCAAGUAUAUCGCCAGGCUCUUCACGGCCAGACACAAAUUCUACAAACAGAACAAGAUAUGUGCUGAGCCUGCUCAUUCUCCUGCUCCCAUAAGAAGAAGACCCACCUGGAACCGCCUGCCUCGACCCCAGUCAUGUAUCCUGCAGCCGAUGCGCUCCCAGAGCUCACAAGACAGCAUCUUCCUUGAGGAGUCGUGCUACUUCAAGUCCGAGAGCAGUCUGGACCGCUGCGUGGAGCUGGGCGGUGGACUGGGUUACCAUAGUAACGGUGGCGGCGGUGGCGGCGGCGGCGGCUUAGCACGUCUGAACGGCAGCAUGUGCAGCACCCCCAGCGUCAGCUCGCUCUCUCUCAGCCGCUCGCAGACGCUGCUCAACACACACGCGCACACGCCCACACUCUCCUUCGGACCACCCCUCUCUAACUCCGCCUCAGCGUCCAGCCUCAGCAUGGCGCCCGACUACACACACACACACUCGCACACGCACACACACGCGCACGCACACACCCCGCCCCAGCGCCUGCCGUCGUACCGCCCCACCCCCGACUACGAGGCCGUUAUGAGGCUCCGCCUGCACCACGCCUCGUCCAACCAGCACGCAGCUCAGCAGCCGGCUUCCUCCAAUCCGCAACGGCGCUCGACAGAUGGCCACAGCCAAUCCCUGCGCAGCCUGAACAUAAGCACCGCGCACGCCUACCGCACGGGGCCCGAGGCGCUAGGCAACAGCCAACCGGAGAUCAGGGGGGCGUGGCAGCCUUCCUACGGGGGCCAGGUGCCGACGCGCGCGGUUGGCCGGCAGGCGGGAGCCAUGGGCCAAUCUUGCGGCCCGCUGUGGGAAAGGGGCGUGUCUGGAGGUGGAGUCGCCUCACCCAUUGGCUACAGCACAAUCAGUCACACAGUCAGCACCCCAGAACUGGCCAAUAAUGUGGCUCUGUGUGGUGGCGGGGGUGGGCUCUCUGGGUUCGAGCAUGCGGAUUGGGUGUCAGGGGUCGGGGGGAUGAACUCUAUGGCCAAUCAGCACACGGGUGCCUACGAGGGAGCAGGAGGAGGGGCUCGGAACUCGAACUCGGCAGCUUGUUCACACGUGCCCAGAAGCCACCUGUCUCGUCACACCACGCCCCCACCCCCUCCGUACCCUUCCUCCUUCAGGCCGGCCUCCUCCACUCCCGAACUGGCCAAUAGCCUCGCCUUCCGGCCCGCUGUCAGCACCCCCGAGCUCUCAUUGGUCAGUGUGCCCCGAGGGGGUGUGGCCAUGGGCGGUGCCAGCAGUCCAGGGGGGUCAAGUCCAGAAUUGCUCCGAGGACACAAGCUACCACUUGCUGUCAAGACGUUUCAACCAGAUACACACAGCUGCGGCGCCGUCAGACACUCCCUGCAGGAGCCUCUAGGGGCAGCACAGCGCUCAACACAGGAUACCAGUUCUCCACCAGGGGGAGCUCCAGGUCAGCGCUCCACCACCACCAAUAACAGCAGCAGCAGCAGCAGGAGCAGCAGCAGACACAACCUGAGUAACCUGACCAAGCGGCACAGUAUGGAGGUUCUGCUAGCACGGGGGGUUAGCGUUAGCGGGGGCGGGGCCAGCGGGGGUUCUCAGUUGCUACGCCGCAACACACUACGAGAGCAGAGCACAACAGCCGCCGCCCAGGCCCCUCCCACCAAGCCUCAGGCCCCUCCCACCCAGCCUCAGCAGGCCCCCAAAGAGGCGUCCGUGCCAAUGCCCGCUCAGAAAGCGGAGGCGUACGCCCACCAGAAGACCCUGUCCAACGCCACCAUGCUGGUGCACAGCAGCGAGAGCGAGAGCGAGGAGGAGGAGGGGCUUGAGGAGGAAGGGGAGGAGCUUGACGUGCGCAUCCCCGGUCUCCAUGACGAUAUUGAUGCCCAGCUGCAGGCGGCCCUCGCCAAGCUGCCCAGCAAGCCGCCGCCCCAGUACCCCGGACUCAACACGCACACACACGGACACAUGCACACACACACCGCUCCAGCCCCACCACAGCCCAACACACACACCGCAGCAACGGCCCAUACACAACGACAACACACACACGCACACGACACCAACACACACACGCCCGGCCACAGCAACCCCCACAUACACACACACGCUCAGGCCGGGGGGGUGACUGGAGGAGCAGGAGGCUGUGGUCUGGGCGCGGGGCCCGCGGGGGCGUCCGGUUUGGGGCCCUCCAUCUCAGAGCCCGAUCUCAGCAGCGUGAAGGAGCGCGUCCGCAAGGAGCCGGUGAAGGAGAGGCCCGUCUCCGAGAUGUUUGCCAUUGAGGACGUCAUAGUGGAGCGCGAGAUCGCACAGAGGACGCUGGAGCGGCAGCAACAGAAGUGUGUGGAGAGCCAGAGCAGCAGUCGGAAUGGACCUUACCACCCUCACACACACUCACACACACACACUCGCACACACACUCACACACACGCCGCUGCCAAGGCCAACACGGACGAGAGGUGUAAGGUGUUGGAGAUGAGGCUAUUAGAGGGUCAGCUGUGGGAGGAGUUUGAGGCAGUGCCUAACAAACAGGCAGAGCCUCUUGUUACCACGGCAACCCUGCCCGACAACGCGGAACGCAACCGCAGCCGAGAUGUUCUCCCGUACGAAGAGAACCGCGUAGAACUCAUACCACACAAGGACAACAACACGGGAUACAUCAAUGCAUCGCACAUCAAGGUGAGUGUGUGUGGUGAGGAGUGGCACUAUAUCGCCACCCAGGGGCCACUGGCCAACACUGCACAGGACUUCUGGCAGAUGGUGUGGGAGCAAGGAGUCAACGUCAUUGCCAUGGUCACAGCUGAGGAGGAGGGCGGUAAGACUAAGAGUCAUCGCUAUUGGCCAAAGCUCGGCUCCAAACACAACUCGGCCACACAUGGCAAGUUCAAGGUGACCAGUAAGUUCCGCACAGACUCGGGUUGCUACGCGACCAGUGGCCUGAAAGUGCGCCACCUGGCGUCCGGUCAGGAGAGAACAGUCUGGCACCUGCAAUACACAGAUUGGCCACAGGGGGGGCAAGCACAAGAGCACCACAUACAGGGCUUCCUCUCGUAUCUGGAGGAGAUCCAGUCUGUGCGUCGCCAUACCAACAGUAUGCUGGAGGCCUCGUCUCCCCUCAGCUCUCAGCCAUCUCGCCCCCCACUGGUCGUGCACUGCAGUGCAGGCAUUGGUCGCACUGGAGUCGUCAUGCUCUCCGAACUCAUGAUUUCCUGUCUAGAACACAAUGAGCGUGUGGAGGUUCCAGUGAUGCUGCACACUCUGCGUUACCAGCGGAUGCUGCUGGUCCAGACAGCGUCUCAGUACCAGUUCGUCUAUCAGGUUCUCAUCCAGUUCCUCAAGAACUCCAGGCUUAUUUGAAGCACAGAACUUUCCUCUACUGUCAUCUUCUCUCCUCUAUUCUUGUCUCCUCUUCUCUCCUCCAUUCUCCUCUCCUCUCCUCUAUUCUCCU